AUGACACCCGCGUCUUCCAAAGAAAACCAGGGAGGUUCUGGCAAGGGACUGGAUUACAAUUCGCUUCAUGUUUCCACACCCAAUGAACCGGUCGCCAUUAUUGGUAUGGCCAUGCGCCUACCUGGCAAUGUUAAAGACGAAUUCGACUUUUGGAACCUGCUUUCAGAAAAGAAAAGCGGACUCUGCGAUAUUCCUAGGAACCGAUUCAAUUUGGACGGGUUUUAUGACUCGUCAGGUACGCGUGGAACAAUUCCUUUCACCCAAGGCUACUUUCUCGACGGCGUUGACAUCGAAAACUUCGAUACGACAGUCUUUCCAACAUCUAAGACAGAGUUAGAUCGGCUAGAUCCAGCCCAAAGGCAACUCCUUCAAGUGGCUUACGAGUGUUUUGAAAGCGCCGGCAUGUCUUCCUGGCGUGGGAGCAAUAUUGGGUGCUAUAUUGGCGAAUUCGGCGAAGACUGGGCCGAAGUCAACGCAAAAGAAACGCAGCACAUAGGCGGUUAUCGUGCCACUGGUUUCGAAGAUUUUGCUCUAAGCAACAGAAUUUCUUAUGAGUUUGAUUUACGCGGUCCCAGCAUGACUGUAAAGACUGCUUGUUCUUCAUCGCUUGUCUGUCUUGAUCUAGCAUGUGAAGCAAUUCGCAAUGGCAAGUGCGACGCUGCACUCGUAGGUGGCAUUAAUCUGAUUUUUUCACCGACUAUGUGGAUUACGUUGAAUGACAUGGAAUUGUUAUCUCCGAGGGGUCAGUCCAGGCCAUUUGAUGCUACGGCCGACGGCUACGCUCGUGGCGAAGCUGUCAACAUGGUUCUAGUUAGGAAGUUAAGUUCUGCUUUGCGAGACAAGGAUUCAAUUCGUGCUUUGAUUCGUGGAACUGGAGUCAACAGCGACGCUGCCGGAAUACCAAACCUGGGUGAAACAGCAAUAAUCGAGUGUCACGCUACAGGUACACAAGUAGGAGAUUCACUUGAAGCUAAGGCUAUAGCGGAUUGCUUUGGUGAUAAAGGUAUCAUUAUUACAUCAGUCAAAGCAAAUGUUGGGCACGCAGAGGGUGCAGCGGGAUUGACUAGUGUGAUAAAGAGUGUUUUAGCUUUAGAGCACCGCAUGGUUUUACCAAAUAUCAGUUUUGAGACACCGAAUCCAAAGAUUCCUUUCAAGGAGCGCAAGCUCCAUGUCCCGAUCGAGACGGAACCUUGGCCUAAAGGCCGCGCUGAAAGAAUCAGUGUAAAUUCAUUUGGCAUUGGAGGUGUUAAUGCACAUGUGAUUAUUGAAUCGUAUCGGCAAUUCAACCUCGACUUGCAGAUGGACGCUAAACACACAGGCAACCUUAACGAUAAGACAUCUCCGGUCGGUAACCAGCAUGAAUUCAUCAACAAUAACUACUUCAAUAAUGAUGAUUCUGAGAGAGUUCGGUGUCAGCAGACUUCUGGGUCUAAUUUGCUACUAUUCUCUGCUUAUAAUGCAGAAUCACUCCAAGAGCAAGUCCAUAGCCACAUACAGUUCGCCCAGGGCCAGAGACAAUUAGAACUCCAUGACCUCGCAUACACUUUGGCUAACAAGCGAGAACACCGUCCUCAUCGCUCUUUCGUUGUUACAAGUGGACACAUGUGCACAUCACAACUUUCAGAUCUGCUCACUACCAGUGUUCCAUCGGUUUUGGAUGGCUGGAAUGAGACCAAAGCUAUUUUAGUAUUCACCGGACAGGGUGCGCAAUGGCCUACAAUGGGGGCACACCUUUGGGAUACAAACAUCAUUUUUAGGGAGACAAUCCAGAAACUGGACCGAUUUUUGCAGAGUAUGGAGACACCGCCACCAUGGAAGAUCGAGCACGAGUUGCACAAAGGCGAAAAUGAUAGCCGAGUGUACAGCGCUGAGCUUGGCCAUCCUCUUUGUGUGGCUAUACAGAUAGCUCUCGUGGACGUUAUUCGUUCUUGGGGAGUUAUUCCCCAUGGUGUGAUUGGACAUUCAUCGGGUGAGGCAGCUGCCGCCUAUGCCAGUGGAGCUAUCACAGCGGAGGCUGCAAUAGCAGUUGCAGCAUCCCGCGGAUUCAAUAAUGUCCCAGUGAAAGAAGAGGGCUCCAUGGCCGCAGUCGGACUUGGUAGAGAUGAUGUGAUACCUUUUUUGUUACCUGGGGUGGAUAUUGCUUGCGAGAACAGUCAAUUGAGCACAACUUUAUCCGGAGAUACAGAAGCUGUCAAGGAGGUCCUCACAAAUAUCCAGACCGAACGACCUGGAGUAUUGGCUCGCCUCCUACGGGUGGAGAGGGCGUAUCAUUCUCACCAUAUGCUCCGGCACGGGGAAGCUUAUGAGAAGCAAAUCACGCCUUACGUCCAAAGCUGUAGCCCUACGAUACCCUUUUAUUCUUCGGUCACUGGAAAGCUUCUGACUGGAGACGGUUGUCUUGAUGCGCAAUACUGGCGUGCUAAUAUGGAGCGUCCUGUUCUAUUCAACUCUGCUCUACGUUCUUCAUUCGAAGAGAUCUUACCAAGCGAUACUGACAAGGCUAUUUUGAUUGAGAUUGGUCCUCAUCCCGCGCUUGCUGGACCAAUUGGCCAGAUCCUCAGGGAUACUGGCCGUAAUAACCAUAUCUUGCACAUCGGUUCUCUUCGCAGAGGCAACUCUUGUGAUGAGAGCCUGAUGUAUCUCGCUGGCAAGCUCUAUCAACAAGGCUUCCCUCUGAAUUACGAGGUUCUCUGUCCACCAGGGAAAUUUGUCAAAAAUCUUCCUCGCUAUGCCUGGAAGCAAGACACAACCCACUGGCUCGAGCCACGGAUUUCUCGAGAAUGGAGAUUUCGCAAACAUCCCCCACACGAGCUUCUUGGAAGCAGAGUCUUCGAGUCAGCAGCCAAUGAGCCCGUAUGGAGAAAGGUAUUCACGCUUAAUGAAGUCCCUUGGCUAGCUGGACACGAAGUGAAUGGCGAUAUCAUUUUCCCUGCCGCUGGCUAUAUUGCCAUGGUCGGCGAAGCUAUUCAGCAAUUAUCUGAAACUGAAGCUGGAAGCUCUGAUGGCACGUUCAGCAUGAGGAAUGUACGUAUCGCCUCAGCGCUAGUUCUAAAGAUGGAUAAGAUCACAGAAAUCAUAACGAGCUUCAAGAGAAUCAUGAUUGAUUCGUCUGAAACCACUCCUUGGUUCCAAUUCACUAUCAGUUCUUUUGACGGAACGAGAUGGGCCAGGAAUUGUUUUGGCGAAGCAAGAGCGUCUCAAGACAGCUCUUUCGCAUUUCCUCGACAUAUGGUAUCCCAGACUGGCUCAUUUCCACGCAAGGUAGACGAAAAGACGUGGUAUACCGGACUGAGGCAUGUUGGGUUCAACUACACGGGUGACUUUGAGGGCAUGCAGAAUAUCUCGGCCGCAACCACCAUGAAUGAAGCCAAAGCCACUGUUAAGAUUGUACAUACGCAUGGAAAAUCAAAGUGUUCCAGGUAUGUGCUUCAUCCAGUCGUCAUCGACCAAUUUCUCCAACUCAUUGUUGUGGCAUCCUCUCGUGGGCUGUGUCGAGAUUUGAAAAGUAUAUCGGUCCCAACCUUUAUCGAAGAGUUACUCCUGCAUCCUUGUCCGGCUGAUCAUACUCUGGAAAUAAUGGCCAACGUCACUAAGAAAUCGGAGCGGGGUUCGAUAGCCGGAAAUGUUGUAGUAAAGAGUGCGAGAUACCUCGGAGAGCCAGUCACUACAAGAAUCGGCCUGAAAGGUCUCGAAAUGAGCGCAAUGACAAGAAGCAACGAUGAUGCACGAGUAAACACAAUCCCGUUAAUUUCGCAAUUCGAGUGGAUGCCACAUAGCGAUUUUGUGGAUCUGAGAAAACACUUCCAUCGAAAAGCACCGCGCAUCGAUGAAUGGGCAUUGCUCGAGGAACUUGUUCUUCUUUGCAUGUUCAACCAUUGCGAAGGAAUCCAGACGAAUGACGAUACUGCCGAACAUCUUGUCAAGCUCAUGAAAUGGAUGCAAGCGCAGAUUCAGCGCUAUAUACAGGGUGCGAACAAGUUCGUAAGUCAAGACACCUGGCUAGAGAAGAGGAGUGUAGAGGAAAGAGUUGAACGCAUCGAUGAGAUUAUGUGUGCACUCUCCUCAUCACCUUAUGCUGCUUUCUCCAAGGCGGCAUUUCAACUCUUUUCCAUCGCGCCUGCGAUUUUCAGAAAUGAAAUGCACCCUCUUCAUGUUAUGAUGGAGAACAAUGUGCUCACUGACUUCUAUGAUACACUCUCGGUUGACUCGGCUGACAUGAUCCGUAUUCUGGCCAACACUAACCCAAACAUGCGAAUUCUCGAAGUAGGUGCUGGCACGGGAGGGACAACAGCCAAUAUUCUGCGGGCUUUAACGUCAUCCUAUGGCGAGCGUCUGUAUAGUGUCUAUACUUACACAGAUGUAUCAUCCGGGUUCAUGGCAACUGCUAAAGAGAGGUUCUCAAGCCAUACUGCAAUAGAAUACGCCGUACUGGAUGUCACGAAAGAUCCAGCUGAGCAAGGCUUUCAGUUGGGUAGCUUCGAUUUGAUCAUCGCCGCAAAUGUUUUACAUGCUACUCCAAGCUUGAGAACAACUCUGUGUAACAUGCGUAGUUUGUUAAGCCCAAGAGGGCGACUCUUCUUAGAAGAGCUCAACCCAGAGAUGAUGUGUGUCAACUAUGUCAUGGGCUUUCUUUCCGGGUGGUGGCUUGGAGCACUAGAUAAUCGCGUGGAUCAGCCAUUCGUUUCACCAGAGAGAUGGACGAAAGAACUUCUCGAUGCCGGCUUCCCAAAACCCAAAGCAAUCAUCCUCGAUGACGACGCGCCUUAUCAACUCAACGCUGGGAUUGUAGUAGCCUGUGAGAGCUCAGAAAACACACUAUCACGGGUCAGUCUACUGUGCUAUGAUUCUGACGGUCGGUACGUUUCUGAGGUGCGUCACUGUUUGGAAGCCUUAAACGUAACUGUUGAUGUUUGUCAUUUUGGGCAACCAUUACCACCACAAAACGAUGUUAUUUCGUUGCUGGAGCUUCAAAAACCCCUUCUACACGGGAUCCGUGAGGACGCAUUCGAAAUUAUCAAGAACUAUCUUUGCUUGCACAAAGCGCUUAUUCUAUGGAUAAUGCCCGCCGUACAAGUCGGUGAAGUAAAAGAUCCACAGUCUGCUUUGACGCUCGGUCUUGCCAGAACUGCACGAAACGAAUUAAGUCUUCCUUUUCUAACUGUUGAAGUCGAUGAGGCCUCCACAGGAGUAGGGGCUGCUGCGACCGAGAUAACCAAGAUUUUUCGUAAAACCAGAUUCGAACAUUUCAAUCCGUCCGGAUCUAUAGAUCCGGACUAUGAGUACGCCAUUGUUCAUGGAGAGAUACUUAUCCCACGCCUACACUGGCAAACAUUGUCAGAGGUGGUUGAAGGGAUUCGGAUGGAGGAUAUGCGCGCGAUAGAGGGAGAAAAACCUCAGUGGCGUAUCGCUAUGAGGACGCCAGGCCUUUUACACACUUUGACAUGGAUCCCGUGUGAGCAAAGCGCUUUCCCUAUUGGGAAUGAAGUUCUUGUUGAGUCUAAGGUUAUUGGCCUUAACUUUCGAGAUAUUCUCAUCGCUUUAGGCAUCAUGGAGAAUGACCUCAGCGAGAUGGGGUUUGAGGGAAGUGGUAUUGUCCGGGCAGUAGGACCUGGAGUAUCUCGCUUCUCGGUUGGGGACCGCGUUUCAUAUCUAGGAAUGGGGUGCUUUAAAACGACGCAGACAAUGAACGAAGCUCUGUGCGUCAGAUUGGACGAUUCAAUGACUUUUAAAGAGGGCGCAGCUUUGCCACUUGUUUACGCAACAGCUUACUAUGCGCUCGUUGAAAAAGCUAAACUGCAACAUGGACAGUCCGUAUUAAUCCACUCCGCCUGCGGUGGAUUUGAUUUAUCAGCAAUACAGAUAGCGCAGGCGCUUGGUGCUGAGAUAUACUGCACUGUAGGAAGUCAUAAAAAACGCAAUUUCUUAACAGAGAACUAUGGCAUUGAACCGUCGCGCAUCUUCAGCUCAAGGGAUACAUCAUUCCUACCUGACGUGUUGAAUGUCACUCAUGGAAGAGGUGUAGACGUCGUUCUUAACUCACUUUCGGGGGAACUAUUACAGGCAUCAUGGCAGUGUGUUGCCGAGUUUGGGACAAUGGUGGAAAUUGGGAAGCGUGACUUUCGACGGCGCGCCACACUGGCGAUGGCACCUUUCGAAGCGAAUCGGACCUUCCUAGGAAUCGAGCUAGGACCUAUUAUCAAAGGAUAUCCUCGGAAAGCGUCAGCCCUCUUCGAGCGCUGUAUGGAGUGGAUACGCGCAGGACGCAUGCCUGGACCGACCAUAUCGAGAUCCUUUAAAGCGGUUCAGAUCCAAGAAGCUCUAAGGGCGAUGCAGGUAGGGAGUCACAUUGGAAAGAUUGUGAUUGAGAUGCCCGACGAUUCCAGAGAGCUUGAAGGACAAUACAGUCGACAGAAGGCAUCCUCGUCAACGAUCAGUUUCCGGUCAGACCGUACAUACCUUUUGAUAGGUGGGCUUGGAGGCUUAGGGCGAGCAUUAGCAAUUUGGAUGGCAGAGAAUGGAGCACGCUCUCUUGUGUUCCUAUCAAGAUCUGCGAGAGAAGGACCUGAAGUUGAUGGGGUGGUGCAAGACUUACGCUCACAAGGUUGUCGAGUAUUAUUGAUUGAUGGUAGCGUCAGCAAUAUGGCAGACGUGCAAAGAGCUGUGAAAAAUGAGAGCACUGCGGUCAGUCCUCUUGCAGGCAUCAUUAACCUAUCCAUGGUCCUGAAAGAUGUCGGUAUUCCUGAUAUGACAUUUGAAGAUUGGAUCGCACCAAUUGAGCCGAAGGUCCAAGGGACAUGGAACUUGCACCAGGCCACCGUAUACAACAAGGAACUGGAAUUUUUCAUUCUCCUUUCCUCCUGUAGCGGUGUUAUCGGACAAUGGGGUCAGGCCAAUUACGCAGCGGCAAACACGUUCCUUGACGCUUUCGUACAUUUCCGCCGGCAGCAGGGACUUGUUGCGUCCGUCAUCGAUCUUGGUGUUAUGGGCGAUGUUGGCUUUGUCUCACAAAACCAGGGCAUUCGCGAGAAUCUGGACCGUAUUGGCAUGUACAUCCUCAGGGAGCAGGACCUGCUCAAUGCUUUAAUUCUGGCUGUGAAAAGAUCCUCACUCGCUCCAUCUGCCACUGCUGGACAGAUUUGCGGCCAGAAUAGCGGUAUGACGUACCGGAAUCCAAGUCAGGUCCUCUUGGGUUUGAAUACCACAAGUCCAAUCUCUUCACCACUCAACCGCGUGCCUUGGAGACGGGAUGCGCGUAUGAGCAUUUACCAUAACACCGCGGUCUCAGACAAUAGUGGUGGAUAUCAAUACGGUCGAGCCAAGUCACAAUCUUCUCAAAGUGACGAUUUGCGCGCGAAGCUGGCAUCGAUGGCGAAUAAUGAAGACAAAAUAGCCGCUAUAGCUCGUUCGUUAGCAGCAGCAUUGGCAGCUUUCCUCAUCAAGGAUGAUGACAGUAUCGCACUGAACAGACCAUUGGAGCAGCUUGGUUUGGACUCACUAAUCGCUUUGGAAAUUCGCAACUGGAUUCGCCAAAAACUCAAAGUAGAAAUAAGUACUACUUCGAUCAUGCAAAGCUCAUCGCUUUGUCGCCUAGCAGAGGAUAUUAUCGGGCUACUAACUGGAGCUAGCUGUAGUACCGAUGCAGCUUGUUAG